CGAAAUGGAAGAUGUGAACUCCAAAAGGGUCACAGAUUUCCUGCAGAAAUGCGUCAAGCUUGAGGAUAACGAACAAGACGCCCAGCCCAAAGAAGAGAUCAGAGAAGUGCAGACUUUCCCUGUCCUUGCGCCAUCUUACCCUCAACCAGUACAAGAAGAAAUAUCGAUGGUCUUCAACGCUUGCCCGGUGCCAGCCAAUUUAGGCCCGUGCACCCGGAGGCGGCGCGAAAAGGGCAGCGGCCACGACGGGACGAGCGCCUCUCUCUACGUCGACCGCCGCAAGUCCAAAGUGUGGAAUUAUUACACGAAGCUGGGGGAUGCCUACGUCGAAUGCAACGUCUGCAAGAAACAGCUGUCCUUCCACAACAGCACCACGACGAUGAGGGAACACCUGGUGAGGAAGCACAGCAUCCGGGACACCCUGCUCUCCCAGCUGAAGGACGACCAGGUUUCGGAUCCUGACUACGUGGCUCAGGAGACCGCGAUCAAAAGGGCACGGCAGCUGACGACGGAAAACAACAGCCAGUACCAUGCCGUGUCCUGCACGGAGCCCAGGACCGAUGUGAUUCUGGAGCUUGUGCUUGAGAUGAUCUUCCGGGACCUCCAUCCCCUCUCGGUCGUGAAGGACAAAGGGUUCGGGCUUCUGAUUGGCUACCUGGAACCGAGUUUUAUUCUCCCCUCCCCGAUGCAGCUGUCCAGCAUGCUGUGGCACCGCUACAACGUUGUCAAGCAGCACCUGGAGCACUACUUGCAGACGGCUCAGUCCAUCGUCAUCUCUGCAGAGUUCUGGCUCUCCCACCCCAACCAGACGUACCUGACAAUCAUGACGAACUUUAUCGAUGGGGAGUGGCGGCGGGCAAGGUGCAUUCUGGAGACCCAACAGGUGCACGAGAACAAAGCGGAGAGCAAUUUGGGGGACAGGCUGUACUCUGUCCUGACGGAUUUCGGGCUGUCCAACAAGUCCGUCUUCUGUGUGAUGCACGACAGCCAGCAGGCCUUGGAAGCCAACUCGCUGCCGCUCAAGGGCGUCUACGGCUGGACGAGCUUGUGCUGUGCCGCUCACCUGCUGCACCUGUGUGUCAAGGUGGGGCUGGAGGUGGAGCAGGUGCAGGAAGCCUUGAGCGCCGCCCGCAGCAUUGUCUGCUACUUCCAGCAGGACGCUAAAGCCACCUGCUCGCUCAACAGCAAGCUGGAAGCCAUCAACAAGACGAAACUGAAACUGGUGAUGGACACCGGGGCUCGGUGGAUCACCACCAUAGAGAUGUGCGAGUGCCUCUUGGACCUCAAGUGGGCCAUCAUGUCCGUGCUGGAGGAACACCCCAAGGGGACGGCGGCAGUCCAGAACUUAGCUGACCACCAGUGGAAGCUCCUGCAGGAUCUGGUGCCCGUCAUGAGGACGCUGAAGAUCGCCACCUCAUUCUUGCGGGAGGAGCAGAACUUCUCCAUCUCUUCCGUGAUGCCGUGCAUCCACGGCAUCAUCACCGCCAUUGGGCAGCAGUCGGAAGAGGCGAGCGGCGUCAUCAAGACGGUAGUGAACAACAUAAGGGCGGACCUCACACAGCGCUGGGGCAUCUUGGAUGAUGAGAAGUUGCUGGAGAGCCCGGCGGUGGUGGCUUCGUUCUUGGACCCGCGCUUCAAGGAAAUGAGGUUCCUAACCCCCAGCCUGCGCAGCGAGCUGCACAAAAAAUUCAAGAGCAUGCUGUCACAGUUCUUCAACCACCAGUCCCCUGUGUCGACCCAGUUCUGGGUGCCGAACGCCGACUACAAAGCAGAAGUUGGCGAAGCGGGCAACCAGCUUGCAGCCCACAAAGAGAGAGGCCCAAGCGGGCAGUCCCAGAGCAUGUACGACAUCCUUUUGGGGAAAGACCCAACAGAAAGCAUGCCCGAGAUCCAUCAGCAGCUGGAGAAUUACAUUGUGGAGCCUCUCUGCAAGCGCAGCACUAACCCCUUAGACUGGUGGAAGAAUAACGAGCACCGCUUCCCCUCCGUAGCCAGACUGGCCCGGCAGUACCUGGCCAUCCCUGCGACGGUGGUGCCGCCGGAUCAGGCCUUUGCCCCCAGUGAAAGUGCCCUGGAGCACCGGAGAGGCGUUCUGGCCCCCGAAAACCUGGACCAGAUUCUCUUCUUACACCAAAAUUUUGACUUCCUAGAGUCUAUGAGGAAUGGUAACGAGAACCUGAGUAAGAACGUGCACAGCCAGUAUUGAAAAGUCUGGUGCGGGGAGAACAGGAUGAAUGU